AUGUCGCGCUCUGAUGACCCAGGCCACUACUUCCAGACAACCUCCGCCUUGAAUGAAACAGCUCGGAAGGCCACCAAGGCGAAGAACACAAAGGGCAACCCAUUCAAGCUCCCCUCCAAGAUCCUCGCCAUUACUGCAGACCCACGAGAUGACGGCCAUGUCUACAUUGCCGAAGCCGCGGGCAACGUGAAGCGGAUACAUCUUGAAACUGGUGAUGUUGCUGCCACCUUCUCCGGCCCGGCUGCACCCCUCACCUCUGUGGCCGUUUCAUCCACGUCGAACACCAUAUUCGCAGGCUGCUGGGACAAAUCCAUUUGGUCAUGGACGCCCUCUUCACGAAAGCCUGUCAAGAGGUUCCAAGGACACAGUGACUUCGUCAAGGCUGUCAUAGCGUUCAAGUUGCAGAGCAAAGAGAUCCUGGUAUCAGCUUCUGCAGAUGCGAGUAUCAUCGUCUGGGACGUGGCUACAGGAGAGAAGCUGCACAUUCUGAAGGGACACACACGAGGCAUACUGGCACUUGCGCUCGAUCUGGUCGACUACGACGUCAACAAGGACUCUGUGACGGUCUUCAGUGCGGGAAGCGAUCGGGAAAUCAGACGCUGGAAUGUUACCUUGUCUACAGCCUCCGAGGUUCAGCCCUCGCCGAUUAUCGCACACGAGACAAGCAUUGAUGCUAUACACUUUGACUCAGACGGCGAUCUCUGGUCUGCCUCUGCAGACAAGUCGGCGAAGUGCCUAUCGAGAGGUCGAGAAUGGGAGGAAGACUCCACGUUCGAACACCCCGACUUCGUGCGCGACGUCGUCGUUGACGAAGAAGGCGGUUGGGUAAUUACGGCAUGCAGGGACGAAGAGAUUCGCGUCUGGGAAAAGGGCAGCGGGAAACUGCAUCAUACCUUUACCGGACACUAUGAAGAGGUCACUGGACUUCUCCUCUUGUCAGGUCAGAGGCUGGUUAGUAUCAGUAUUGACGCAACUGUCAGACAGUGGAGCUUGAAGUUGCAAGAGCUAGCGAAAGCAGUCAAGGAAGCCGAGGACGAGAGGCUUGGUGCAACAAAGGAGGAUGACCCAGAGAAGAAGAAGGGUAUGAUGACUGCUGAAGAGGAGGCUGAGCUGGCCGAGCUCUUAGAGGAUAGUGAGUAG